AUGACCCUCCUCAUCACUGCACUGGGGCUGACCCUCUGCCUCUGCUGGACAUCUGCUCUGACCCCAGUCACAUCUGACUUUACCCUCGACGGGAUGGAGGGGAUCUGGUACGUGGUGGCUAUGGCCUCUAACUCUGAAAGUUACCUGAAAGAGAGGGACCAGUGGUUCGCAGGCCUUGGUACUUUUACAGACCUGAAGGAUAAGAACCUGUUACGGAUUACCCACAACAGCAUGACGCCGACAGGGGAAUGCUUCCAAACCGUGUCCCUGGCUCAACCCACAGGUGAACCUGGAACGUAUGUCUUUACAAAAAACGGCGUUGACCACGUCUAUAAAAUCAUGGGCACCGUGAAAGAUCAGUAUGCUGUGAUUUAUGAUACAAAUACCAAUAAGGCGACCGGCGAGAAGCGCAGCAUUUUACUUUUAUAUGCUCGUGACAAAAACCCAAGCAUGGAUCUGCUGCACGAGUUCAGAUUAUAUAGUUUAGAGCAGGGGAUCCGGGAGGAGAACAUGGCUAUUGUUUUACCUGCGGAUGUGAAAGCUGUAUCCACACAUAUUAUUCCUAAAUCUAAGUAA